AAUCUAAGUGUCUCAGAAUUCUUCCUCCUGGGCCUCUCAGAUGAUCCAGAACAGCAGCCUUUGCUCUGCAUCCUGUUUCUGUCCAUUUACCUGGUCUCCAUGUUGGGAAAUCUACUCAUCAUCCUGGUUGUCAGUUCUAAUUCCCACCUCCACACACCCAUGUACUUCUUCCUCUCCAACCUCUCCUUGGCUGACAUCGGGUUCAUCUCCACCACUGUCCCCAAGAUUAUCAUGAACAUCCAAACUCACAGCAGAGUCAUCUCCUAUGUUGGCUGCCUCACACAGAUGGCUUCUUUUAUCCUUUUCGGAUGUAUGGAUAGUGUGCUUCUGACUGUGUUGGCCUAUGACAGGUUUGUGGCCAUCUGUCACCCACUGUACUACCAGGUCAUCAUGAGCCCACACCUCUGUUGCUUCUUAGUUUUGGUGUCUUUUUUUGUUAGCAUUUUGGACUCCCAGGUGCACAAUUUGAUCGUGUUACAGCUUACCUGCUUUAAGAAUGUGGAAAUUUCUAAUUUCUUCUGUGAUCCUUCUCAACUUCUCAAGCUUGUCUGUUCUGACACUUCAACCAAUAACAUAGUCGUGUAUUUUGUGGGUGCCAUCUUUGCUUGUCUCCCUUUCUCAGGGAUUUGUUUCUCUUACUAUAAAAUUAUUUCUUCCAUUCUGAGAGUCCCCUCAUCAGUUCAGAUGUAUAAAGCCUUCUCCACCUGUGGCUCUCACCUGUCAGUUGUUUGCUUGUUUUAUGGAACAGGCCUUGGUGUGUACUUCAGCUCAGCCAUCUCACAAUCUCCCAGAAAGGUUGCAGUGGCCUCAGUGGUGUACACAGUGUUCACCCCCAUGCUGAACCCCUUCAUCUACAGUCUGAGGAACAGAGAUAUCAAGAGGGCCAUGUGGAGCUUCCUCAGCAAAAUGUUCUAA